AUGCAAGCUCAAAUCUUCAAACAACCCAUCAGUAAAAAGGAGUCUCGUGCUUUGAUUCAAGAGCUAAUCAGUGUAUCCUUAUACUGUAUUACUUUCUUGCGCGAUAUAUUCGACGAAGACAAUUAUGUUGAUACAAAGUAUUAUUCUGGUGAACAGCAAUAUUCCUCUUCAGAAACUAACUACAUCAGAACAAAGAAGUUAGUUAAGGGAGUUUCUUCUGAAGCAGAUUCAUUAAUCAGUUGUAUUGAAAUUGGAAUCAAGUCUGCUCUUACAAUGGAAUAUUUAAAAGCUAUCCAAUUUUCUAUUCACCUUGCAGACCAAGAUCAUUCUCAAGCAGCUGAAUCUUAUGUUUUUGGAAUCGAUUAUGAAAAUCUGCUGGUGUCUGUUCAACUCAACAAUCAAGAGAGGUACUGCACUAAUACUUCAGAAGUGAUGCAACAAAUUCAAACUUUAAUCAAGAGAUUACUUAUUCUCACUCAAUCCCUUGAUCCUUUGCCUGAGGAUAAAUAUAUAUCUAUCAGGUUAUUGUAUAAUGAUCUGUGUCCAAUGAGUUAUCAACCUCCUUAUUUCGAAGAUGGUACUACCCAACCACUUUCAGUCCAGGUUGGGGAAAAAAAUGGAAUUGUUGAGAUUGGAACAUUGCAAACUGGAAAGAAUAAUGUCAAAGUAAAUGUGUUUGUCAAUGCUUCUAAUGAAACUGCAUCAAUUAGAAUUGAUCCUCUUGAACUAUUUGAUGGCCAAAUUGAAAGUAUUGAUGAUUUGACAAUAUUGCCCCUGCCUCCAUUGUCGUUGAAUUUAGGUGAGUACUUAGAUACUGAAGAAGCAAAUAUUGGGGUUACUCAUAUGCCUUCUCAACGGGUCCCAAAUACAUCUGUAAAACCUCUGAUUUGCACUAAAUGCAAUACAGCUAUCAAUCUAGCUGCCUGUGGAUAUAGUAAGCGCUUAAGAAGAAAAAUCACUUGUACCAAAUGUGUGGUUCAUGGGAAGGUGACUUGGGAAUUAAAAUGGCUUAUGAAUGUCCGAUUAUUAUGGAAUCAUUUGGAAAAGAAUGAAAUAACUACGUUUGAAGAUUUGGUUAGUUCAUUGGAAGAUCCAGAUGAGAAAUUAAUCGUUGCUGUAUUUAAUAGAUUGUUUCGAGAUAAUGUUUUAGUAAUUACAAGUACUGCAAUUCUGGAAUCAAAUGCAGAAAAGUAUUCUUUUGGUUCUGGCGCUAUUGUCCCUUCAAUUACGGGAUUAAUAGCUAAUGAUGGUACAGAAUUGAUAAAAGGCACAGAAUAUUUUGUGACUUUUGUUCCCAAGUUGCCAAAAAAGUAUCGUUAUAUGACCUAUGAUGAAGUGGUGACACACAUCUAUUUCCCAAACUUUACCUUAAAUCGAAUCAAGUCGGUGUUGAUGAAUCUUGAGAAAUUUAUGGGUUUACCAAAAAUAGCCGGUUGUGAAAUUACCCCAACAGCAACGAAUCGGUCUACCAGGGUCAGUACGGAACUUUCCGACAAUAAGGCUCCAGAUUUAUUUGAUAACAUGGGAGAUCUUACCUUUGAGGAUUCGUUGGUAUUUUUAUCGCAACUGCAACCUAAAACCAAAGCAAAGGAAAGAAAGCUAGUGAAACAAGGACGCGGUUGUCCCUUAAAGAAACGUAAGAUAAGUGUCGGAAGAAUCUGAAAAAUCUAAAAAAAAAAUCUAAAAUAUUAUUCCGGAAGCAUGAUUGACUAGGUUGUCAAUCACAUUGUUCUGAUUUUAAAUAUACGGUCAUUGUUUGACGAGAUCAGUCAUUUGCUCAUCGUCAGUUGAUUUUCUAUUUUCAGCCAACAGGGAACUUCUGACUCUGUUGAGACGAAUACGAUAAGAUUGCUUCUAAUUCAGAAUGUGGUCAUUUCAUUUCCACGUAUUUGGGAAAUAAGCAUCAGCUAAAAACCACACUAAAGCUUGCUAAAAGAAAUAAGAAUAAGCUGAGCCAUUUAG